AUGUUGCCGAACCCUGCGCCGCAUCUCAAGCGGGCGCGGCAGAAGACCCCCAGCAGCCGCAUCCCCUCCCGCCACAGCGCGCGGCGAGCGGAGCCGCCGAAGCCGCUGCGCGGCCACGACGCGACGGCAAGGUCUGGUAGGUUUCCAGAUGUCGUUAGCGUCCACAGCUCCUCUAGCAGUAGGGGCACCACCGACUGCCACGCUGCCCGGCGGACGAGACCCACGAAGUCGCCCAGCUUGGGGAGCAGCGGCCACAUCGGCCUCAAUGUGGCGGAGGAGAUGUCGAGCAUGUCCGACGUCAUCAGUUUCGAGGAGGUCAGGCAGCAGCUCUCGCGGACGUCGGAGGGGCUUCAGAGCGUGAACCACAGAACGCGGGAGCUGAUCACUGAGCGACUCUACACGAGGUUUUCAGGGUCGCACGCCGCCGCCCGCUCGCUCUCCAUGGGCAAUGCCCACUCGCUGUCCAGCUCGGCGCCUUCGCUGGCUAUUGGCACGGGCGCCUGGGCAGCCUCGAGCGGGAUGCCAUCUUCGCCAAACUUUGGCCACCGGACCACGGAGUACUUGCCAAGGUGGCUGCGCCUGGGGCCGCUGUCGGAGGAGGUGCGCCGUCCCGCGGGCCCGGAGCGCCCGCCGCCGGGUCAGCUGGCGCCCCUCGUCCACACGUCGCUCGCCGAGGUCGGCGAGCCGAUCGGCAAGCGCGACACCCAUCUGACCUUCUUCAACAGGCAGCCCUCGGUGGCCCGGCAGUCAUCCGCGGAGGGCGGCAGCCCAGUCGUGCGCCAGCGCAUGGCAAGCGCGUUGGGCACGGUCUUCGCGCAGUCCGUGGCCAGGAACGCCCUCCGCCGGGUGCUGGCCAAGGAGGCCGCCCGCAAGCUGCUGCCCCACGUGACCGACGAGCCCGUCGAUGGGCCCCCGCGCAUCUGCAUCUUCUUCGGCGCUGGGCACGCGGGGCCGGCGGCCGAAGCGAUGGCCGUCGCCCUGGCGGCGGCGGUCGCGCCGCUCGGCGAGAGAGGGCUCGUGCUUCUGGCCGGGGAGCCCUCCCUGACCAAGGCCUUCGGCCUCGCCUACGGGGAGGCCGCGUUCGGCGUCCCGCUGUGGAGCGUCCUGCCCAACGACAGGGUCAGUGAGCUCCCUGGGUCAAUCGACCAGGAGAUCCACACCGGCUCUAGCGAGUCCGAGUGCCGAGACGUGUUCGCUCAGCUGGGGGACCUCUACUUGACGUUUGGGUCCGGGCCCGACGUCGAGGAGGUGGCCAGCGCAGUGGCCGCGCGGGGGGGCGGCCUGAUCCCCCUGGCCCACGACGCGGCCGGGCGCCUCGGCCUUCUCCACCAGUUCCCACAGCGGCUCAUCGACAGGGUGUUCUUCACGAGCCUCACGGCUUGGGAGCAGCUCAGACGCAGCGGCCUCUCCGCCGGAGACGCCGCGUCGCUGAUGGCCUCCGCCCUGGACUGUUUCCUGCGGGCGAGCGAGGCCCUCCGGCGGAGUGACGCGGAGGCCAUCGAGUUCGAGAUCGACGGCAUCAGGUACGCAGCGAAGGUAGUGGAGACGAGCGCACUGGCCACCCCUGCGCUGCCCGGCGCGACGCACCUGCUGGCGUAUUUCAGGCGGCCUGAGGGAGACAGCCGGGUCGAGUGGGUCACGUUAGAUGAGGGGUCCAGGCUGCUAACCGACACCUACGGCCACGAGGGCAUACCGUACCAGGUCGUGGCGGAAGUGGCCGAGGAGGCGUUGGCCAGUUUGCCAAGCAGCUUGAAACCCCACAAAACUGAGAGGGUGUCUGUAUGGGACGUUCAGAGGUACAUGACGGACUUCCACAACCCUACAAAGGAGAGCGCCACCCGCGAACACGACUUCGACCCCGCGUGCAUGAGGGUUUUCAAGCUUUGCUCGGUGCAGGGCGAGAUCCCCACUGAUCACCUGGCGGAGGCCUGCUCGCAGUUGGGCCACUGGAUGAUCAACAGGGAGUGGAUACAGGAUCUAGUGCGCAGUAAGUUCAACAACGUAGCCUUUUUGGACAAGAGGGAGUUCUUCGUGUUUGUCAGCAAAUACCAGGAUCUUUUCAGUGCCUGCAUGAAGGAAAGGUUCAACGCCGUGGACAGGCGGAGCGUCGGAAGGCUUGGGCAUGCGGAGGUGGCCCAGUUUCUGCGGAAUAUGGGAGUCACGCCUGUAAAGGGAGUGGUCGAGGAUCUCAUGGCAGAGGCCAGUAAUGAUAAGCAGCGCACGCCACUGGACCUGGACCAGUUCACGGCACUCAACCGCAUCAUCUGGAUGCGAGUUGGUUUCACUCUCAGCGAGGCCGACUUUCUGAUGAAAGACAUCCUUGCUCGCUACCCGGCCCUCGCAUCCAGCGACCUCAGCGAGGCCGGGUUUGAGCAGCUAGCGCUAUGCACGAGGUGGCUCGGAUAUCCCGCCACGCUGAAGCAUUGGGAGACGCUUCCUGGAGUCGAUCUGGAUGACAGCCCUGCCUCUGCGGUGCCUCACGGGAGGGACUUCCUUGCCCUCAUGCGGGCGUUGAGGGAGCAGUGGGUCAAGACGGUGCAGGACGCGUUCAGUUCCACCGAUCUCGAGGACGGUGGCGACCCGGUGGGGUACGGCAUCUUGGACCCCCGAGAGCUCGAGGCCUUUGUAAAGAGGGUCGGCUUCGUGGCGAUGCCUGAGGCCGUGCAGGAGGCCGUCCGGGACUGCCACCUCGAGGGCAGGAGGGGCUUCCUCUUGGAGGACGUCUACGAGGUCUUGGAGGCCCUUCGCCAGAAGGAGUGCAUGACGCACAGCGAAGUCGAGGACUCAGGGGCAACGAAGUACAGCGAUGGCGGCAAUGCGGGCCUCACUGGCGUACCGCUGAGCAGCGCGCUGCGGCAGGCUGGCUGGGCACUGCCGGUGACGGAGGUGCAGGACAUGCUCCUAGGCUUCGAUUUGGACAAAAGCGACAGCAUUUGCGAGGUGGAGUUCGUCAAGCUUGGGAAGAAGCUCAGGGAAGAUCUGAUCCUCAAGCUGGAUGAGCAGUACGAAGAGAAAGAACUACACUUGCCAGGCAAGAUCACCGAGAGCGAGCUCCGCUCGGCGGCGAUGUGCCACCUGCCCUUCAGGGUCGACGUCCAGCAGGUGCAGCUGAUCUGGCACGAGUGCGGGAGCAGGUUCGCUGAGAGGGCCGACAGGUGGGACUGGCUGAGAUUGGUGCUCGCCUACUGGAGGGCGGUGAGGGACAAGCGCCGCGAGAACUUCGGGUUCGACAACCAAGACGUUCGGAACUUCCUUGCACGGUUCGCCCGCCACGCGGGCGGUACUGGCGUGAUCACGCUCGCAGACAAGAACCUUGCCAGCCUCCUCGACGAGACGUUCCCCACCAUGCGGGUCAACUUGAAGGCCUACCAGAAGGCAGCGGGCUGGCUGGCGGAGGUGGGGCGGCGCAGGGACCCCGUGAUCGACUUCACCGAGUUCCUGCGGAUGAUGCGGCAACUGGAAGACGAUGCCGACGAGGAGCCUCUCGAGCAGUGGACGCCCGGAUCGCGGCGGACCUGUCCCGCGACGAGGUGA